AUGGCACCAGAGAAUCACACCAAAAUUUCAGAAUUUCUCCUUCUGGGAAUUUCAGAGAACCCCAGCUUGCAACCCUUCCUCGUCGGGGUUUUCCUGUACAUGUACCUGGUCACCGUGAUUGGGAACCUGCUCAUCAUCCUGGCCACAACUGCAUACUCCCACCUGCACACACCCAUGUACUUCUUCCUCUCCAACCUGUCUUUUGUUGACAUCUGUUUCACUUCCACCACGGUGCCCAAGAUGCUGGUGAACAUUCAUACACACGACAAGGCCAUAACCUAUACAGGCUGUGUCAUUCAGAUAUACUUCUUCAUACUCUUUGGAGUUUUGGACAACUUUCUUCUCACGGUGAUGGCCUAUGACCGCUUUGUGGCCAUCUGUCACCCGCUGCGUUACACAGUCAUCAUGAAUCCCAAGCUCUGUGGACUGCUAGUUUUGAUGUCCUGGAUCACAAGUGCACUGAACUCCUCCUUACAAAGCUUGAUGGUGUUACGGCUGUCCUUCUGCACAGAGCUGAAAAUCCCGCAUUUUUUCUGUGAAAUCAAUCAGGUUGUGCUCCUUGCCUGUUCGGACACUUUUUCUAAUGACAUGGUAAUGUUUUUUGCAGCAGGGCUGCUGUUCUGUGGCCCUCUGGCUGGCAUCCUUUACUCUUACUGUAAGAUUGUUUCCUCCAUCCGUGCCAUCUCAUCCACUCAGGGGAAGAAGAAAGCAUUUUCCACCUGUGCCUCUCAUUUAUCUGUGGUCUGCUUAUUUUAUUGCACGUGCCUAGGAGUGUAUUUUAGCUCAUCUGCCACACACAACUCACGCUCCAGUGCGACAGCCUCCGUGAUGUACAGCGUGGUCACCCCCCUGCUGAACCCCUUCAUCUACAGUCUGAGGAAUAAGGACCUAAUGGGAGCGCUGAGAAAACUCUUCCAAGGGAAGACAUAA